AUGCUGUUCCUAGUGAUUGUUUCAGGGGUGAUCUCCCUCAUGGUCUCCCUGCUGGAUGUGUGGUACUUUAUUCGUGGCACUUUGGUGGUACUGAAAUCUCGUAUCCAGCCUGUAGUGAAGGACCUGCUGAAGGAACACUCCUAUUUGGGCAAAGUCCUACCCCACGACCUGGACUUCCUGCUCCAUAUGAACAACUCCCGGUACCUCCGUGAGGCCGACUUUGCACGAUUUGCUCUCUACACCCACAGCGGCCUGUUCCAAGCUAUGCACUCCUUGGGCUGCAGCAUGGUACGAUAA